UUUGGAUAUCAUCAUGGUUCAAUAUUCCUCGAAUGUAACCGAUUUAAUAUUAAGUUUCAUAAUGUUCUAGGUCCUACCUGAAUUUGAAUUAUGAUAAUACUGAGGGAUUUUCUCAUAAUAUCAAAUGCAUUUUUCUUCUGUGUUGCAGAAGAUCAACUUGUAGCUGUUACAGCACUGAUAAGACAUGGCUUGAGAAUACCUGAAAAUUUUUACCCAAAUGAUCCAUAUUCUAAUGUGUCUUGGCCAUUUGUGUUGGGAGAUUUAACAAAUGAUGGCGUUGCAGAAAUGUACGAUACUGGUAAAUGGCUGAGGAAAAAGUACACCCCUUUUCUGUCCGAAAAAUACGACCCUAAUCAAAUAUACGCCCAGUCCCUAGAUUACGAUAGAUGCAUUAUGACUGGAGAGGCAACUUUAGCAGGUCUCUAUCCGCCCAUCUCGGAUGAAAUCUGGAAUCCGAACAUACGCUGGCAACCCACCCCCAUACACAUAUCGCCAGUCAACCAAGACAUAGUAGUUAACAUGAACGCCUGUCCAACUCGUCUUAACGAAUCUGCUAUCAUAAGGCAAACAAAGACCUUCAAGCAAAUCAAUGAAACUUACGCAGGAUUAUUCAAUUAUAUCAGCAAUAAGAGUGGUAGUCCAAUAGAUUUUGCUUCAAUGUACCCCUUGUUUGAUACGCUUUACAGCGAACUCAAGCUGAACUUAACAUUGCCGAUGUGGGCUCAGAAGGUCUGGACCAGACUGGUUCCACUAGUCAUCCAGUACACAAAGAUGGUCUCCCUAACUCCAACCGAGCGAAGGUUACAAGUAGGUCCACUGUUGACCAGAAUCAUGAACCAGUUCGAGAGUGCGAUUAGUGGUAAAGAUUUUGGUACCAACAAAACAAUAUAUCGGAAGUACAUGUCUUAUUUUAACACAGAAUGGGUUUUAUACGAUCUCACAUACAGUUUGGGGCUCCCAAGCAUAUAUAUACCAGACUUUGGCGCCCUGUAUUUGCUUGAGUUGAGGAAAACCCCUGAAGGAAAGCACUACGUCAAUAUAAUAUAUCGCAGUUCGGCUAAAAAGGGUACCAAGGCAAAACGUGUGGCAAUUAAAGGUGAAAAAACCAAUCUGAGUUUCGAGAGGUUCAAGGAAAUCACGAGACCUUACAUGAUCAAUGGGAAAGAAUGGAAGGAUCUUUGUGAAAAAUUAUCUGGGCAGCAGAUAAGGAUUGCUACCAAUGUUCCUAUGUCCUGAUGGUCAAAUUGUUGAAAUAAAAGUUUUUAGAAUA